AUGGAGAUGAUGCUGCUGCUGCUGCUGCUGCUGCUGCUGCUGCUGCUGCCGAUGCUGCCGAUGCUGAUGCUGAUGCUGAAAAACGUUGGCCAGGCUAUUACUAUUACUAUUACUAUUAUUGUUAUGGCUAUGGCUGUGUCUGUGUCUGUGGCUAUAGCUUUGCUUGCUCUUGUUCUUGUUCUUAUUCUUAUUCUUAUUUUGAAUGUUAUUAAUGGUAGUCGUCGUCGUCGUUGCUGUCGCCAUAGCAGUAUUAGCAGCGGUAUUAUUGCUAUUGCUAUUAAUAUUAAUAUUACUGGUGUCAAGGAUAAUGUUAUUAUUGAUAUUAAUAUUAAUGUUGGUGUUGGUGUUGGUGUUGGUGUUGGUACUGGUGCUGGUGCUGGUGCUGGUACUGGUGCUGGUGUUCAUGGUCUGGACAGGAAGAGCAGCGCCAAGCCCAUAGUCGGGAGUAAUUGA